AUGAGUAUGUUUCCGGUUCGAGUUGUGGUCGAAUCGGUACGACCACAGAACUGCUUAACAUGUGCCCAAGAUGGGCAUAUGCUUGUUGAUUCCUAUGCCAUAGUUUCUGGAGCAACUUUGCUAAGUCAACUGGUUGAUACGGUUCUCAGCGCACUAGGAAUGCCACAAUUGGCAAUUAAUUCCAGAGGUAUGAGCUAA